AUGACGGCCUCCCUGGGCCGGCUGCUGCUGGAUCAGGCCCAGCGUCAGGAACACACGGACCUGGAGAUCGCCGUGGGCCCGGAGGAUGCCAGCUGCACUCUGGCGGCCCACCAGUCCGUGCUGGCAGCCCGAAGCCCCGUCCUGGCGGCGAUGUUCCGGCACAAAUUUCAGGAGGGCCAGACCGCGAAAGUGCGGCUCGUGGACGUGGACGUGGAGACCUUCAAGCAAUACCUCCACCUCCUCUACACCGGCGACCUUGAGGAAGACUUGAACCUCGACAACAUUCUGGAGGUGCUAGUGAUCGCAGACCGGUUUCAGUCCCCCGGUUUCGGGGAUGUCUUGGCCCGGCGGCUGCGGGACUUGGUCACAUGGGACGAGACGGUGGGCAAAGUGAUGAUGACCUACGUUCGACUCCCGGAGGACAGCGAGUACUCUGGUAGCCUGGUCGGGGUGAUGGGUGACCAACUGACGCAGCUGAGUUUCAAAGAUGCCUUGCGGCAGACGCAGAAAGCGGUCCUGCAGCCGAUUGAUGAAGACACGUCUCGGCUAAAGGCCAUUGCUGCUCGAGGACUCAUCUUCUCCAUGUUGGCCUUCCCCAUCAUGCGGGACAUUGCAGACGAGGCGGUGAACAAGCGAAUCGUCUGUUUGCUCUCGCUGAUCACGGACACCUUCGGCUCCCUCUGCGAGCUCCCCGAUGAGCCGCGGGCAGCCAAGCGCCGCCGAGCCGAGAGAGCGGAGGCCGGUCCCGGUGCCGGGGCCGCCUGA